AUGUCUUCAGCAAGCAGGCACAAAGGAAAGAGCAAGCCCCAUGCAAAGAAAGAUUCAAGGGACAUGCAUGAUGCAGGUCUUGACGAGUAUCAACAAGCUCUAUGGCGUUGGGUCAAUGUUUACAACCUCGAUGAAUACCUGCAAGACGUAUACGAUUACUAUGCUCACUCAGGAUUCACGUCAAUCGCACUUUCACGUAUCCUCAACCUCCUGACAGUUGGCUUCGUGAUCGCAUUUGCAACCUUUCUAUGGGGCUGUAUCGAUUAUUCCAAGUUGUCAAGGAUUGGGGAAGGCGGGAAAGGUGGUCGGCUACAGGACGUUACGAUUCCACGGUGUUUAGCCAGACUACCACCAGUCACCGCUCUCUCCCUGAUACUGUUCUCUACGUUUUACGCAUACCAACUUCUCACAUUCUUUUUAUCCCUACCCCGUUUGGCUCAAAUGCGGUCCUUCUAUACGCAUCUCCUCAAGAUUCCUGAUGAAGACAUUGGCACUCUUCCAUGGUCUGUGGUUGUUCAGCGUAUAUCAGCUAUACGUGACGAGAACCCAAUCACCGCGAUUGGUGGCAACGCCGAUGCCUCUUUUGCUGAUCAAGCGACCGGCACAGCAAAGUUGGACGCCCAUGACAUAGCGAACCGGAUUAUGCGUCAGGAAAAUUACUUAAUUGCUAUGUUCAACAAAGAUCUGCUCAACUUACGCCUUCCAAUACCUGUCUUUGCCCAAAAGCUUCUUGGACUUACCGGGUUUUAUCGCCGUGAUCCAGCUUCGAGCGAACAGUCAAAAGGAAAGAUUAGAACAUCAGGUACCACACUAACGAGGGCUUUGGAGUGGAAUCUACGUUUCUGCCUCAUGGCAUUUCUGUUUGAUCGAAGUGGCAGGGUCAAGGAGAUAUUCCUGAAGGAAAGAAGCCGGGAUAACCUUAUCGAAGAACUCAAAAAGAGGUUCAUCUUCAUGGGCCUUCUUAACGUGAUUCUAGUGCCUUUCAUUGUUCCAUACCUGCUGAUUUACUCCUUCUUUCGAUACUUUGAGGAAGCACGAAGUAAUCCCUCGGCAAUAUCGUCCCGUCGAUAUACUCCAUAUGCAGAAUGGAAGUUCCGCGAGUUUAACGAACUUCCCCAUUUAUUCACUCGUCGAUUGGACACAUCGUAUCCAACAGCAAACAUGUAUUUGGACCAAUACCCCCACACAACAGUCUCUCACGUCGCUCGCUUCGUCUCAUUCGUGGCGGGCUCCUUCGCUGGAGUUUUGAUUCUGGCAUCCCUGUUGGACCCUGAGCUCGUUCUCCACUUUGAGAUUUCUCAUGGGAGGACAGUUCUGUUCUGGAUUGGAGUAUUCGGUGGAAUUCUUGCUGUCACUAGAGGAAUGGUUCGAGACGGUCAUUUAGUUUUUGACCCAGAUAUCCUUAUGAAGGAAGUCAUCCGCCAUACACAUUAUAUGCCCGAAGAAUGGCGUGGGCAGCUUCAUAGCCAAAAGGUAUAUCAAGAAUUUGGCCAACUAUUCACCAUGAAAGUGAUGAUCUUCGUUCAAGAAUUGCUCUCCGUCGUUCUUACACCCCUCAUCCUGAUGCUUUCGCUACCAAGCUGCGCCCCAGAAAUUAUCGACUUCUUCCGUGAAUUCACGAUUCACGUCGAUACACUGGGCUAUGUGUGCUCCUUUGCUGUUUUCGACUUCAAACGGCAUGGAAACAUUAGGUUUGGAGGGAAUAUCGACGAGACUGGAGAAGAAGCGGCGGAUGACGUGCAACAAGAUGGGUGGCAAAGAGACGAACGCUUACAGAGCAAAGAUGGAAAGAUGGAGCAGAGUUUUCUCGCUUUCAAGGCCGCCCACCCCGAGUGGACGCCGACGGAUCCGACAGGAAGUCUUUAUUUGGAGAGGCUUCGUGAGAUGCACCAAAACAUGAAGCAUGCGCCACAACCCAUAUCUCGACGCUCGACGGCACCCACAUUCGGUGCCGGAUCGGCGAUGCAAGCUCGCUCCACGCUCGCCGAACGUUCGCAGAUGUAUGAGAGGGCACUGGCACAGUCAAUGGCCAAUGCUCGCGCAAGGCGAGGAGUUGGUACAAGUCUUCAAAUGACAGCCCCAGAAGAGCCCACUUCACGAGUCAAGCGGCGAACGGAAGAGGACCGAGCUGAAGAUGGAGGAAUCGGCAGUCAACUUGGCGACUCUUAUGUGGAUGAUGUGCGCAGGCAUGGAGGUCAAGUCAUUGUCGGGACUCAGGCUCGUGGAGAACGGAGCCAGGAGGAGGAAGAAAUCGAGGAACUCGCCAAUGGCGGUGUUCUGGGACUUCUCGCACAGAUAUAUGACCGUAAACGACCUGUAAUUUAG